UAUUCCGCGUAAAACGAUAUUUAAAUAUAAAUUAGAGGUAUUCGGGAAAUAUAAAGUAGAAUAAAAACACAUAUAAUAAUCAAAAUAAUAAUUGGGCGAUAAUUUUCGUCCAAUUUGUUUGAUAAAAAUUGAAGAUACUUUCGUCGAGAAAAACAAUACAAGAUAUAUAAUAAUAGGUUUAUAAAUUAAAAAUAGUGAACACAUUUUGUGAAAUUAGUGAAUUGAAAAGACCUGACAGUGAUAAUAGCAGGCACCAUGCUUGGUGGAUACGAGGCACAGACAGAAUAUUAUCCGCAAUGGCAUCAGCCAUAUAAUUAUGUCACUCAGCUUCCUUAUGGACCUCUCAGCUCAGUUCCCGACGCUGACAGUCAAUCAACGUAUUGGGGAGGCGUAGAUUCUGGCACUUCGGGGAAUAGCUCGGGCGCAGGUAGCUCUACCGCGUCGACGCCACCUCUGAUCGAGGAGAUCGGCGUCCAGGAGACGAGCUACUCGCCGCUGCAGCAAUACAUGCAUCCGACUGCCAGCCAGCAUUACGCUACUCUACCGUACCCCCAGGGACAACAAGAAACGUCGUCCCAUCAUCAUCACCAUCACCUGCAUCAUCAUCAUCAUCAUCAACCCGGUCAUCGACGGGAGCACGACUUCGCGAGCGCCCAGAUCGGUCAGCAAGUUGUUAGUGGGGUAGUCGGUACUCUUCAGCAACACCUUCAUCAAGGCGUUCACGAGGGCGGCGUGGCACCUCCCAGACCGAAAAGACGGAACACGGCGAACAAAAAAGAGCGUCGUCGCACACAGAGCAUAAACAAUGCCUUUUCCGACCUAAGGGACUGCAUACCUAAUGUGCCAGCUGACACAAAAUUGUCCAAAAUAAAAACCUUGAGGCUAGCAGCGUCUUACAUCGGAUAUCUGAUGGCGGUCUUAGAAAGCGACGAAGGAGAGGAACCGCAGACCUUCCGCGCAGAGAUUCUCUCGAAUGGCAGGAGGAAUAAAACUCAAUCCAAUCAGAACGAAUCGUGUUUGCAAUCUGUCCCAAAUCUCGGCCAUGAAGAACCGACCAAGAGCAAAGGACGAACGGGUUGGCCGCAACAUAUGUGGGCCCUCGAAUUAAAGCAAGAAUCACCGACCAGCCAGAUGCAAUAAAAUACGUCGAAGACACUCCUGUCAAAACAUAUCUGCGAUAUUCGCGAAAUAUCGUUUAAAAUGAGCAUUACUUUUUGCGCUUGACGCUUUUUACCGUAAAAAAAAAUAUGAGUUGCGAUUUAACGACUGAUGCGUCUUUCAGAUAUCUUUGGACAUCUCUCGAAAAUUUACGAUUAUAUUGAUUUAUAACAUCCUGGAUGAAACAAUGUUUUAUAAACGAAGCAUUUAUAAAACUUCAAAUUAAAAAAAAUGUUAAAUAAUUGCGAUUUAACGAAAUGUAUAAUUAUUGGAUAGAAUCGUUUGUAUAUAACGCGUUCAUAAUCAUUAUGUAUGUACAUAGAAUUUUGUUCCUUCUGUAGUGAUUGAUGUCUAUAUUUUGAACCAAAGAAUAUUAUUUUAUAUAUAAGC